AUGUUGCGCCAGGCUUUCUCUACCUCCUCCCGAGCUUUGCGCUCUGCUCCUCGCCUGGCAGCCAGCCAGCCUCUGCUGCGAACUCAAUUCCAGAGAGCACCUGCUGCGUGGUCAUCAAGAGCGGCCCAGCCAGCCGUGGCUCGGUGGUAUAGCGAUGCUAAGGAGGCACCUGCAGAGGGAGAGAAAGCUGAGAAAUCUGAGGCCAAAGAGGAGGCUGGUGAGACGGAUGCUGUCGCUGAGCUGAAGAAGUCUCUCGAAGCAAAGGACGCCGAAGCUCGUGACUGGAAGGAUAAAUGCAUGCGCACCGUUGCCGACUUCCGCAAUCUGCAAGACCGCACUCAGCGUGAGGUCAAGACGGCCCGAGAAUUCGCGAUCCAAAAGUUCGCAAAGGAUCUCGUCGAGAGCGUCGACAAUCUGGACCGCGCCCUGACCAUGGUUCCCUCCGAGAAGCUUGUCGUCAAGGACGAAGCUUCUCAGGACCUUGUCAACUUGUACGACGGCCUCAAGAUGACCGAGGACAUCCUGAUGCAGACUCUUGCCAAGCACGGCCUGGAGCGGCUAAACCCGGAAGGCGAAAAAUUCAACCCCAACGAGCAUGAGGCCACCUUUAUGGCGCCCCAACCCGACAAGGACAACAAUCACGUUUUUCACGUCCAGCAGAAGGGCUUCAAGCUCAAUGGCCGUGUUUUGCGCGCCGCCAAGGUCGGCGUCGUCAAGAACGCUUAA